GCGGCUUGAGUUCGAGCAGUCGAGUGAUUAUGCCACAAAAACAUUCAUAAAACCACUCUGUUUUAGUUCCGAUUCGAAAAUCUGUUUGAUAUUUUGAAAGAUAAAGACCUACAUGAACUACCAAUGUUAACGCACAUUGCUAUGGGCCUUCGUGGAUUCUUUUUAUUUGCGGCCAAAGUAUGGAGUUUUAUCUGCUACUGUCUCCGAAGACAGAUCCGUGCGGUUCUACGUCACCAGACCGUUCGUUAUGAAAUUUUACCUCUAUCUCCUAUAUCAAAACACAGGCUUAGUAUGGUUCGGCGGAAAACUCUAGUUCUCGAUCUGGAUGAGACCCUUAUACAUUCUCACCACGACGGGGUAUUACGACAAACAGUUAAACCUGGCACACCGCCGGACUUUGUACUCAAGGUGAUUAUAGAUCGGCAUCCUGUUAGGUUCUUUGUAUAUAAACGGCCACACGUGGACUUUUUCUUAGAUGUGGUGAGCCAAUGGUACGACUUGGUCGUGUUUACUGCCAGUAUGGAGAUGUACGGCACUGCAGUUGCCGAUAUUUUAGACAACAAGAGAUCUAUAUUAAACCGACGCUAUUAUAGGCAGCAUUGUAAACUUGAUAUGGGUAGCUACACAAAAGAUUUAUCAGCGAUAACAAGCGAUUUGUCAAGUGUAAUGAUAUUAGAUAACUCACCGGGAGCGUACAAAGCAUAUUCAAAUAACGCAAUCCCGAUCAAAUCCUGGUUCUCUGACCCCACAGACACAGCGUUACUCAACCUCCUCCCCAUGUUAGAUGCUCUCAGGUUCGUUCAUGACGUCAAGUCAGUCUUGAGCAGAAAUCUUCAUCAUCAUCAUAAUCAAUGGUAGUUAUUGUAGGUCCUCAUCAUGUGUUUGUACAGUUUAGAUACUGAGGCGGUGGUGUGUUUCAGGGACUGGGGUCGUAUAUUUGAUGCCUGAAUUCCUCUGGAAUGAAUUGGAGUUCGUGCCUGCCAUCCAUGAGACCUGCAACGAAAUCUUUCAUGAAAUUUGGACAUCUUUUGGAACAGCAGGAUUUUUGGCAUCAAAUAGUUUGACAACGGUCCCUAGAGGUCGCUUGGUUCUGAUACGUCAUGUUUAAAGGCUUAAGCAAAUUGACUAGUCUAUUUCUGAUUAGCAUUCGAAGGCAUGUGAUGGUUAAAUUUCAAACUCUGGCAUUGAAAUCAGGAUACAUUGAUCGUCGUCACUGCCGUGAAAAAGAUGUUCCAUUUGUGCCUAAUUUAUUCUUCACUUGUAUAUGAUCAUUUUUUGCAUUCAAAUGUUCAUCUGAUUCUUGGGAUGACUAACCCAUGGAUAGCCUUCAUGCCAUUUUCAGACCAUGACAAUGUUGGUUUCUAGUCAACCAUACUUUUACCCUUUUAUUUUUGUGAGCCUUCUAUUUCAUUGAGAAGGGAGACGGGUACAAUAGCAAACUAAAGGAGAAGGGCCCAAGCCCCAUUUACAGAAAUAGGGGGAUGUGUAUCAGGAAGGGAUGUUUUUACAAACAAUUAGUGGUCAUUUGUCUUCAUUUGCUCCAUAACAUUGUCAUUAGUAAAGUUUGUCUCCAUCAAGCUGUGCUCAACUGUCUGUGGAGUUGUAAAUGUUAUAUUACAUCAGAAGUAAUCAGGGAUUAGAUGAAGUACUGCCACUCUCAUGAGAACCAUUUACGAGGUGGUGUUGAUUAUAACACUGAAAUUACUACAAUUCAUUACUCAAAUUGUGAAUUAAUCACCGUGACUAUAAUUCCAUGUUCUUCUCCUUCUGUGAUGCUCUCUCAGAAGAUCUCUUGCCAAGGAACCUUCUUACAACCAGCAUUUAUGAAUUUGUCAAAGUGCCAUGUAUGAUAAUGACCUUUCAUACACUUCUUAUAAGGUCACAAACUGUUACCUGUAUCAGCGCACAGCAAAAACCUGUUAUGAAAACACAUGAAAUGAAUCCUUGUUUAUUUUGAUUAUUCCAUAUGUAUUUUGUAUUUUUCUAGUUGUUAAGUGAAACAUAAGUCCAUCACAUCAGUAUGUAUGUUUGUGACGAAUACCUAGUCCACAGCCAGGCUAGUUUGUAAAUGUAUAAUGUAAAAUGACUCGUGCAAUCCCAGAUGAAUUCAGAUUUCUCAAACUACUCAAAAGGAGGAUCUGAGCGAGAGCCACCUCCCUCUGUUGCCUUUACUAUAUCUUAACAAUAACACCCCUGCUUUCCCGAGUGCACUCUUCUAAUGCACUACCUGGAAGAGUCUAUUUAAGGAAAUGAGGGUGAAAAGGUUACAUUUUCUUUCAUUUCUUAUCAAGGCCAGACCAAUUUGUGAGCUGUUUACCCACCGACAUUGUUCUCGCCAGACAAUGAAAUGAACAAUCAACUGGAAAAUUAAGAUUUCUCAAUUAUCAUCAGAUUUUUUCGCACAAAUAUUUCGACUCAAUUGAAAACACCCUAUAGACUAGGGGAAAUUGACCAGUUAGCAACCUUAUUUCUACUUACCUUUCAGAUAACUAAUUGGUAUAGGUAUCUGGCAAUAGCCUUCUGGUCGAUUUGUGAAGUCGGAAACUUUCACAAAUCGAGAAACGUAUCAUCUUUGCCUCCAUUAUCUCGAGAGGGCGUUUCUGUCCGAGUUCAUUUGGGCCCAAAAGAGUCUUUUUGCAUUGUAUGUAGGCUUAGUUAAAGAAUACUAUGUAUUCCGUGCAAGAUUAGAACCAGUGACCUCUACACAACCAUUCAAUUGUACAUUAAUGUGUGUGUUCAAAUAAUUAUUUCAUUGAUCUGUAAAAUGUAUGCUGUACAUAGAUUCAUGUCUGACUGAUGGCCUUAGAAAUCAUGGCGAAUGAAAUGAAGGCCAAGGUCGGCCAUUGAUAAGGGUCAAGGUGAACUGUUCAUGUUUAGAACACAGGGUUUUGAGGAACUUUGAAAAAUCUUACAGUUUUAAAAUCCAGCGAAAAUCAUUGAUUAGUUGAUAUACUUAGUUUCGUUGCUCUUUUACAUGAAAACCAAGUGAAGUAUACAACUUGUGAUGUUUGUACAUUACACCGUCUAUUCAAGAUUUAGCUCAAGGGGCAUUUGAGUGGAACAGUACACCAAGGGGCAUUUGAGUGUGACUGUACACUAUUAGAUGGCCUGGUUGCAAGAGCUCAAAACUAUUUAAGUGAUGUUAUGGUAUGAAUUGUUAACUGACUCCAUGGAAUACAGUGACUAUCAAUACGUUGUUCUGGAAAGUACUGUAAGAUAAUUGCGGCUCUAUCUCAUGUCUUGUGUUCAUGUUAAAAAGAUAUCUUUCUUCAGGUUCAAAUGUGCUUCAAAUAUCUCGGUCAACUGUCCACAGUCCAAAAUAUCUUUAGAGCCUGGCUGGAAUAUUCUCCACAUUCCCAGCGUAGGAAGAAAAGUAGUAAAUUGCCCUAGCAGUUUCUGAUUGUUUGCAUAAUAUAUGAACUGAAAAGUACUUUUCUCAUUGCCAAUGCAAACUGGGGGAUAUUCCUAGUCGCACUGUAUUUUAGAGUGGUCGAGUUGUCUCGCUCACAACUAGGCAAGUGAAGUUGGACACUGUACAUCUCUAAGUGGUCAAAUCAUCAAGUUCUGCUUAGUGAGAUAACUUCACUGUUAACAGAAUGUGAUGUACGAAGGCGGAAGCGCCUGCUAACCUCUCUUUUGCCUUACUUGAUACCAGUGAUGGAAUUGAAUCUCAUCUUAGUCGCGACAGUUCAGGACAAGAUUUUCACGUGGUAUCGUUGAUGUGUGACAGCUGUGACCGAGGUGAUUGUUGGCAGGUUUGUCCUGGAGACUUGUUAGUUUCACCAACUUGAUAGUAUUCAAGUACUGGCUAGUUGAAUAAAGAGUCAAUUGUUUUGAUGUGUAAAUAAAGAAACUGUAAAAUAGAAUGAAA